GACAUUAUAAUGAUAGAAUUUAUUUUUUUAAAUCAAAAUAUUAUGUAAACUAUACACAAUGUAUGACGUGCUAACUGGUGUUUUCUUUCAGAAUGAGAGGGAGCAGAUAAUGACGACCAACUUAUGGCUGUUUCAGGAAUGGAAUGACUACAGGCUGAGAUGGGACCCAGACAAGUAUGAAGGCAUCAAGAAACUACGAAUACCAUCCAAACACAUCUGGCUUCCUGAUAUCGUGCUCUAUAACAAUGCCGAUGGCGUCUAUGAGGUUUCCUUCUACUGCAACGCCGUGGUCUCCAACACAGGGGACAUUUUUUGGCUCCCCCCAGCAAUCUACAAGUCGGCCUGUGCCAUCGAGGUGCAGAACUUCCCCUUCGACCAGCAGAACUGCACUCUCAAGUUCCGCUCCUGGACCUACGACCACACUGAGGUGGACCUAAUCCUCACGAGCGACUUUGCCAGUCGCGAUGACUUCACGCCUAGCGGAGAGUGGGACAUCGUGUCCCUCCCUGCACGCAAAAACGAGGACCCCAACGACAUCACCUACCUGGACAUCACCUAUGAUUUUGUGAUCAAGAGGAAGCCGCUUUUUUACACCAUUAAUCUGAUCAUUCCGUGUGUGCUGAUCACGUCGCUGGCCAUCCUGGUUUUCUACCUGCCGUCAGACUGUGGGGAGAAGAUGACGCUGUGUAUCUCAGUGCUGCUGGCCCUCACUGUGUUCCUGCUGCUGAUAUCAAAGAUAGUGCCACCCACCUCUCUAGCAGUGCCACUCAUCGGUAAAUACUUGAUGUUUACCAUGGUACUGGUAACCUUCUCCAUUGUAAGCACGGUCUGCGUCCUCAACGUGCACCACCGCUCCCCGUCCACCCACCACAUGCCCGACUGGGUCAAACGCCUCUUCUUAGUCCAGCUACCCACCUUCCUCCUCAUGAGGCGUCCAGGCUCUUCCAACGUCCGUGAUAAACUCCGCCGUAAGUACGCCAACCGGAGUACCGUGGGGAAAAGCAGUUCCCAGAGCUGCACAGACAAAAAACAGUACUCCAACAUCAGGCUCGGCGGGAUCCGAACAGACACCGACUCCUUCUACGUGAAUGAGGACCUGGCCCACAAGUUUUGCUGGAAGGUUGGCGACAUCCCAGAUGGCGGUGGUGGAUUUUCAGACUUCCGGAGGCCUUUGGCUGUUCAGUGGGAUGCAGAUCUGGAGGAAGCAGUGGAUGGAGUGAGAUACAUUGCCGAACAUAUGAAAACAGAAGACGAUGAUGAAGGGAUCAUAGAGGACUGGAAGUAUGUGGCCAUGGUGAUAGACCGCCUGUUCCUGUGGAUCUUCAUCCUGGUGUGUGUGGUGGGAACACUGGGGCUCUUCAUGCAGCCGCUGUUCCAGAGCUAUAACACACCCACUGCUGAUGACACUGAGUAUGGAGAUUUCUAGGAUUUCUGUGGCAUGAAAAAGGAAACAGAUGAAUUAGUCUCUGUGAUAAGAACUUUAACUGAGAACCAACACCAGGCCUGACUCAGAUACAUAGUUUCUGACACAACAUACGAGUUGUGGAGUGUUUUCUCCAGUGUUUAACUUUCACAGUGUACAGAACAAACCACAAAACCAGUGAAGAAUACUGGCAAUUUCUUGUCCUGUAAGAUCAUGAGGCCUGCUCUCCUCUGCAGUAUUACUGAUGUGAAAAACAAGAAUUUAGACAUUACACGAAUUGUUCGUUAUUACAGUACAAUGGACCAUAUAUUCUUUUUCUCUACACUUCUCAAACCAAUCUGUAUUAUAACAAAGUGAGGAUACUUCAUCCUCUCCACCUUUUCUCUUCAUAAAAAUAUUAAUGCACCAUCUCUCUCUCUCUCUCUCUCUCUCUCUGUCUUUUUCUUGUUCUGCUUCAGAGCUUUGUGCCUCCUCUCCACCAUACAUCUCCCAAGCAAUGUUAUAACACAUUGUCUUAUUUUGAGGAAUGUGUGUUCUUCUCUUACUUUCUUACUUCUUCUUCUUCAUUUCUGUCCUUCUCUCACGUGCUUGGUUAUUCUCUUUUUUUCUCUGUCUAUAAGACAGCUUAAAGAAAAU